AAACAGCGCAAACAAAAACUCAACUGGCGGGGCUUGCAAGAAGUAUAUUGUACUCCGUUUGAUUCUUUUCAAACAAUGCCUGCCACUGAACGUGCCGCUUUCCAGGAGGUUUUCUCUACCUUGGCCGAGGACCUCCUGGCCUAUGCGAAGACCUCCAACUUGCCGGAAAAUGCUAUGCAGUGGUUUGAGAAGGCCCUCAAUGUCAACGUCCCCGGCGGAAAGCUUAACCGCGGUCUCUCCUGCCCAGAUACCGGCCUGGCUCUCCUCGGGAAGCCCCUGACCGACGAGCAGUUCAAGCACCUCAGCAUCUUGGGAUGGCUCACCGAACUUCUCCAGGCGUUUUUCUUGGUCAGUGACGAUAUCAUGGAUGGCUCCAUCACCCGUCGCGGUCAGCCAUGCUGGUACCGUCAGGAGCGGGUCGGCCUCAUCGCGAUCAACGAUGCCUUCCUGCUCGAGUCCUCCAUCUAUGUCAUUCUCAAGAAGUAUUUCCGCUCGCACCCUGCCUACGUCGACAUCAUCGAACUAUUCCACGAGACUACCUGGCAGACGGAGUUAGGUCAGCUGUGCGAUCUGAUCACCGCCCCCGAGGACCAGGUCGACCUCAACAACUUCUCCAUGGAGAAGUACAUGUUCAUCGUCACCUACAAGACCGCCUACUACAGCUUCUACCUGCCCGUUGCUCUGGCUCUGCUCUACCUCCAGCGCGCCACCCCCAGCAACCUCCGCCAGGCCCACGACAUCCUUAUCCCUCUGGGCCAGUACUUCCAGGUUCAGGAUGACUACCUCGAUGCCUAUGGUGACCCCGAGUUCAUUGGCAAGAUCGGCACCGAUAUCAAGGAUAAUAAGUGCUCAUGGCUCAUUAACCAGGCCCUUCAGCGUUGCAACGCCGAGCAGCGUCAGCUCCUCGACGAGGCCUACGGCCGUAAGGACGACGUUCUGGAGGCUAAGGUCAAGGCCCUCUUCAAGGAGCUGGAUCUCGAGAAGGUCUACCACGAGUACGAGGAGAAGAUCGUCGGAGAGUUGAAGGCCAAGAUUGCCGCCAUCAACGAGUCCGAGGGACUGAAGAAGGAAGUCUUCGUGUCCUUCCUGAACAAGAUCUACAAGCGCUCCAAGUAAAGCCGUGUGCGGUCGAUUGUCAUUUUCUGGGCGAAUUAGAAGAACGAUACCCCUUCUAUAUCCUGUAAUUACACGCAUUUUGCCACACCAUAGAUUAGCGGGUUAAAGAGCUGAGGAAUACCUAUUAAUGACAAUGGCUCACUCUUGCAUGAUCCAAAAACUAAAGUAGUACACAUUGUUCUGGGAGCCUCGCCGGGUCUGACA